AUACAUUCUUGCUACCGUGCGCGCCUCCCCACCUCAAUAGCUUAUCCUUCACCACCUCGCUUUCUCUCUCCCGUCUCUUACCUCUCUGUUUCUUAUGAAAUUAUCAGUGGGAGUAGUGAUUCUAGAGAGAGAAAGUCAGGAUCUGGGUUUUGUGUUUUGCUGUUCAGAAAUGUGAUUUGUAGUGAACUGGAAAGCUCUGAAGAGAUCUGUGUUGGGCUUUUGAGUUUUGCGGUUGAUUUUUCAUCAACGGCCAGCCUCAUGGCCGGUAAUGAAGUUAAACUCAAUGACUCCAAGAUGGUGGUUCCACUGAAUACAUGGGUUCUUAUUUCCAAUUUCAAGCUGACUUACAAUCUUCUUCGUCGUCCGGAUGGCAGCUUCAAUCGUCAUUUGGCAGAGUUCCUUGACCGGAAGGUCCCAGCUAAUGCAAAUCCAGUUGAUGGAGUUUUCUCCUUUGAUGUCAUUAUUGAACGCGGCACUGGCCUCCUCAGCCGAAUUUAUAUGCCGGGUGAUGCUGAAGAGGGUCAGCGGAGUAUUGUUGAACUUACGAAGCCUAUGAGCUCUGAAAUUGUUCCUGUCAUAAUCUUUUUCCAUGGUGGAAGCUUUGCACACUCAUCUGCAAAUAGUGCUAUCUACGACACCCUUUGUCGGCGUCUAGUGGGCAUUUGUAAGGCUGUUGUGGUAUCAGUGAAUUAUCGGCGAGCACCUGAAUACCGAUUCCCUUCUGCCUAUGACGAUGGUUGGGAAGCUCUUCAGUGGGUUAGCUCAAGACCAUGGCUUAAGAGUGGGAAAGACUCAAAAGUUCAUAUAUAUUUGGCCGGCGAUAGCUCAGGUGGUAACAUUACGCACAAUGUUGCCUUACGAGCUGUAGAAUCAGAAGACAUUGAAGUAUUGGGAAAUAUAUUGCUGAAUCCGAUGUUCGGUGGGCAAAAGAGAACUGCAUCAGAGAAGCGAUUGGAUGGGAAAUAUUUUGUCACCCUUCAAGACCGUGACUGGUACUGGCGAGCAUAUCUCCCUGAAGGAGAGGACAGGGACCAUCCAGCCUGCAAUCCAUUUGGUCCCAAUUGUAUAAGCCUUGAAGGAAAGAAGUUCCCCAAGAGUCUUGUUGUGGUUGCUGGUUUGGACCUUGUUCAGGAUUGGCAGUUGGCUUAUGUUGAGGGGCUGAAGAGGGCUGGCCAAGAGGUGAAACUUCUACAUUUUGAGCAGGCAACAGUCGGGUUCUACUUGUUGCCGAAUAACAACCACUUCUAUACUGUCAUGGAUGAGAUAAGCAACUUUGUGAAACCGUAACUGUUAAUAGACUUAACUUACUGACAGGCAGCAAUGCAUAAAGAAGCUUGACAAAUCGCCUCGGAUUUAUUACUUUGGAAGGGCUUGUUUGCAGUUUAUAAGAAUAUGUUAAAUUGUUAAUACUACUCCUUACUGUUUAGUUGAUCAUGGUGUUAUUACUAUUUGUGCUGCAUUGCGUUGGUUCGUCUUGGAUGAGAGACAGCUUGGCUUGGUUGUUGGUGCAUAGCAUGGUUCAGCAUCUAGCUGGAUUGGAAAGUCGUUGGCACUCGGGUAUGUGGAUUCUCGGUGCUUUGGUUUCCUGCACAUUCUUCUGGGCUGUCAAAGCCAUUUAAGUAAGUUUGAUUGAUAUAUCCAAGAUCAAGUUACAAUUUCUGACUUCUGGCCCCAAAGGAUAGGAAGACAGGAAUCUGGGGAUAUUAUUAUAUGGCCAAUCAAUUUGGUAAUUUUCCUCGCUAAUGUCAUAUAGAUAAUCUUUGGGCAUGGAUGGAAAACCAUCCAUGCAUGGUAUUGUGAGCUUAUAUGAUGUCUUUAUACAUGUGUUCUAGAAUUGUAUAAAGUUGUUUGCUUAGCUGCUGCUCAA